CGAAAACGCCCCGUUUUGCCGCAACGAUCGAAUGUAACGAAACGUUCUACUACAGUUCGCAGUGCGGAAUUGGACGCCCAUUACGGCGUAUUAUCGAAAACUGCAAUGUUUCAUUUUUAUUGAAAUAAUUUUAAUAUAUUAUUCAAUAAUAUAUAUGAGACACGACGACGUGUAUGUUUAACAUAUUUUUUUAUUUUUUGUCCGCACUUCGCAGCGCUACCGUCAAGGCUGUCCCUUUCUCCCGCUCGUCAUCCGCCGCCGCCACCGCGCGCCGUCCGUCUAUAAUAUUAUAAUAAUACGCGACGCCGCGCCGUAUCAUCGACAUCCGCGGUGACAAGCGACUUUUAAAAGUUUUUUUCUUCUUUAUCAAAUCCAACUAGUGACAAGGAAAAAAAUAUAAUAAUAAUACGCGACUCCGUAGUACUGGUAGGCACGAAACUACGGUACCGUCCAGUGGGGAGACAACAACAGUCUGUGCAAAACUACCAACUAUACAGUGAUAUUAUAUAUUAUUGUUGUUACGGUUUACCGUUUACGACAUUCAUUCCGUCUCCUGUUCGAAUCAGUUGUGGUGCGUCACCGCUGCCGCCGCCGCCGCCGCCGCUGUUAAUUAUGUGAUAAUCAAUCGACGACGUAAAACAUUCGAAGAAUUUUCCCAAAGUUAAACACUGUAUACCAGUGUUCCGCUUUUUGCGUAUCACACGCGCACACACACACAUACACACACACGCUCGCGAUAAAUACAAUAAAAUAUUCGUACUGUGAUUAGAAAGGAAGUCAGUGAGAGUUUAAUAUAAGACGUAAAGAUACAUAUAUAUAUAUGCAUAAAUAUUAUUAAUUAAUUUUUUUUGUAAUUAUUUCAAUACAAUUUUCGUUUGUUUAAAUAUUUAUAUUUUUAGUUUAUUUUUAUAUCGUUCCUACAUUAAUUCCGUAACUCACAUAAUAAUUAUUAUAUAAUAUUAAUACAGUAUUACAUUCACGGCGGACCCUAGCGGAAAAACAGCUUGUAGAAAAACCCAAAAUCACUAAUAAAUAUAUAAUGGCCAACAGAGCUGUACCACAGAGACCUAAUGGCCAAACACCAGGAAAAAUAUGUCAGUUCAAGUUGGUUCUUUUAGGCGAAUCAUCAGUUGGAAAAUCUAGUUUAGUACUUAGAUUUGUAAAGGGCCAGUUUCAUGAAUACCAAGAGAGUACCAUUGGUGCUGCUUUCCUUACCCAAACAAUUCAUUUAAAUGAUGUAGCUGUAAAAUUUGAAAUUUGGGAUACAGCUGGUCAGGAGCGUUACCAUAGUUUAGCACCAAUGUAUUAUAGAGGUGCUCAAGCAGCUAUUGUAGUCUAUGAUAUUACUAAUCAAGAUACCUUUGAAAGAGCUAAAAAUUGGGUGAAGGAACUUCAAAGACAAGCAACACCCGGUAUUGUAAUAGCUUUAGCUGGAAACAAGUUAGAUUUAAAUACUAUGAGAAGUGUUCAGACUGAUGAAUCACAAACAUAUGCCUAUGAAAAUGGACUGCUGUUUAUGGAAACAUCAGCAAAGACGAGUGCUAAUGUGACCGAAAUUUUUAAGGCAAUUGCUGAAAAACUUCCUAAGAAUGAAACAACUAAUACAGCAGGGCAGGGUCGACGUCUAGUUGAAUCUGAAGGAGCUAAUAAGAGCCUUAGCAGCUGUUGUAAGUGAUACAGUAAAUCAAGUCAGUUUUCGUAUGGAUUAUUGACAUUUAAUCAUCUAAUAAACUAUAUAGCUUUGUAAAAUUAUUAAGCCUCAGAAUUAUAUUUAUCAAUUUGCAUUUAAUGUAUGUAUCAAUAUAUUAUCUAAUAAUAUAUAUAAAAUGUUUUGUUUAUUUCCAUUAUGCUUCUCUGUAAACAUAAUGUGAGUAUAUUGAGCCAGCAAAAUGUCAAUAUUGGUAUAAUGUUGGUCGUUCAAUAAUAGUUAAUACUUUUUUUCAUUCAUUCAACUUUUUUUAUUAGCAAUAAAUUAUUGUUUGUAUUUAAGGUUUUUUUUUUUACUCAAUCAAGUUUUUACUAUCAAUUUUAAUAUAGUUAAAAUAUUUUACCAUAGCAAGUCAAAUAGGUCUUAACCUAAUUAAUUAUUGUGAACCUAAAAGUGUACAUUUCAAUUAAAUAUUUUCCCAAUAACCUAUUUAUUGAAAAUAAAUUAGUUUAAUACAAAAACUAUUGUACCUACAGCCUAUCACAACUAAGCCACUGUUAAAGUGAUAAGAAAUUUAACCAUGUUUUUUUGUGAUGUUUUUACUUGAACCGCGAUUAGAAUGGUGAAAUCCAUACAUUGUUAAUAUCACAUUGUUACAUUGUUUGGUUUCUUCUAAACAUUUCCGAUUAUUGUGAUUAGUACGUUUUUGGUGAAAUCAACCCUCAAUACAACUUUAUUUAUAGAAUAAUAUAACUUGUAUGUAUUCUGUGUUACUAAAAUUUAAUCACAUUUUAUAUUAUAUAUUAUUUUAAAACCAUUAAAAUUUAAACUAUUAAGUCUAUACAUAUAUACAUAUAUAUAUAUAUAUAUAUAUAAAUUUACUAGCUAUUUGUUUGAUGGUAUAUAAGAAUUUUAUUGUUAUACAUUUUAUCCAAAAAUAUUAGAGUUAUGUAAUUUACUUUGUAUAUUUCUUAAUUUUAGUUGCAGUUUAGUAACUAGGUUUGUGUAAAUGGUGGAAGAAUAUAAAACAAAUAUUGUAUUUUAUCAUUACAAAAUCAUAUUUAUUUCAUUUCAAUUUAUUAUUUUGUUUAUUAUUAUUAUUAUUAUUAUUAUUAUUAUUGCUUUUUUAAAUUGUUUUAUUGCAUUGAUAAAUUAUUUUAUAUUUAUUAUGAUGGUAUUUAGAAAAUUGUAUGUAUAAAAAAUUCCAUUAAAAAUAAUAUGAUUGCAAUAUAUAAAUAUAUAUUAAAGUUAAAAUGUUUAUGUAUAAAAAAUAAUAAUAAUAAUAAUAUGAAUAACAGAUACAAUUGAAAUGUAUUGACCAAUAAAAUUAAUGUAUAUUUUUUUAAUCAAAUUUACUACCCUAUGAGUAGUUAUAUUUUAUUUUAUUUAUUAAAUGCACGAAAUAUUAUUAUUAUUAUUAUUAUUUCUAUAAUAUAUAUUUAUCUUAUAACUUAAAUUAACAAUCCAUGUUAUCAUAAUCACAUUAAUUUCUUUUUAGUUAAUAAUUUUUGUGUUGACCAAAUAAAACUGUAACAACUGUAUCUAUUUUAAUGACUAUGUUUAUGUUCAUCAGUAAUAAUAAUUAUACUAUAUAUAAACAGUAGUAUAUUAGUAUAUAAUACCACUAAAAUGUACAUAUGAUACAAAAUUAGUUAUUAAUUAUAUAAAUAUAUAUAAUAUAAAACAUGAACAUAGUAAAAUAAAUAUAGUUGAGUUACAUACUAAUAGGCAAUAGUUUUGCAUGUGAGAUGUACAAAAUAGGUAUGAACAGCAGCGCAUUACGUCCAAAAUUAUAUAUAUAUUGUAACAGUAACUUAGCUUACAAACAAACAGUAUCUAUAAAAAGAUUAUGAUUUCUCAUUUAGUAUGCAGGGCCGUCCUUAGGGUGGGGGGGGGGGGGGAAGCGAGCAGGGUCCAGGCCCUGGGGCUCGCGCUUUUUGCUUACAUUUGGAGGCCUCGCGUUUCAAAAAAAUGGUAAAAUUGGUUUUCGCCCUGGGCCUUGCAAAUCCUAAGGACGGCCCUGUUAGUAUGGCAUUAUGUCAUUCGCAUUUCAGACAAAUUUAAUGUAUAUAUGAUAAGAACUUAUGCGAUACUGGUUAUGGACCUAUUAUUAGGACCACAUGGGUUUAUGUGAAAAAUGGUUAUGGUUGUUGACAUUUUUGUUAGAUGCAAUGAAACCAAAAAUAUUUAACUAAAAAUUGUUCUCUAUUCAUGUACACAGUAAUUGUACAAUAGUAAAGUGCUUAGAUUUUCAAAAUUAAAGUAUGAAAUAGGAGAGAGUAGUUAAUUUUUUUAAUACUACUAAAUCACACAAAUUAAUAAUAUAAUAUAUUGUUUUUAUUAAACCUUAAACAAUAUAAAUAAAUACAUAUGACAAAAUUACAAAAAAAACAUAAUAAUAAUAAUAAUAAUCAACAUGUACCCCAAUGUAUUCUAUUACAAUAUUUUAAUUUAUUUAUUUUGUAUAAAACUAAUUUAAAAUUGUUAAAAAUGUAAAAUAAAAUAUUAGCAAAACAUAUAA